CUAAAACAUAAUACAGUGCAAACAAACCAAACCAACCACCCACAGAUAACAGUACAUACAAGCAAGCGUCGUCAGGCAGGCCGGGUCAAUAUCAAUAGGGCAGGUAGGUACAGGGGGAGCAAGCGGAGAUGGGUCGGGGUCACAGGCCAGGUUCAGCAGGUAGCAAGCAGCGUGGUACAGAGGGUCAGGCAGAGGGAUGGUCAGGAGCGAGCCGGGAUCAGAGCAGGAGAAGUCAGCAGCGGUUCAGAUCAGGCAGGGUCAGCAAAGGAACAGAAACAGGAUGCAGGACAGAUACAGGGCCCAGGACAAACACAACACCAAGGCAGAGUCUGCAAGUCUGGCCAU